GAACAACUCUCCCAGACUUUCAAAUGAAGGAGCAUUUCAACAUGGACUUAUAACUGUACUCAUCCUGAAGGAAGUCCAGGUGAAUGGAUGGAUCUUAAGACAGGGAUUCAUGCAGUAUGGAGAUGUUCGCCCCACGGUACUUUGUUUGGAUACUUCUGGAAGGAACCUUUGGUUUGUUUGUUCUUGGGCAACAUCAGGAUAAAGUCUCCUUCAGCAAGAGAGCACCAUCUGAAGACCCUUCUUCACAGAAAGACUCGGCGCUCCAAACUGGACAUUUGAACACCAAACUCCCCCUCACCGGCCCCCAUGCUAAGCAGGGACUUCUGGAAAUACUCGGAGGAAACUCCCAGUCACACUCCAACCCAUCCUUAAAGAUAAAGCUCCGUCCCAUCAUGAAAGUCCAUGGGGCCUCCAAGUUCUCCAGGACGUUCAGCUGGGGGGACUUCUACUCAAACAUUAAAACGGUCAAACUGAAUCUGCUGAUAAUGGGAAAGAUUGUGGAUCACGGGAACGGCUCUCUGGGAGUCUACUUCCGCCACAACUCCACAGGGGUGGGCAACGUGUCCGUCAGCCUCGUGCCCCCAAUGAAGGAGGUAGAGUUUGAUCUGGAGCGCCAGAGUGUGGUCAACCCCAAAGAGUCCAAGACCUUCAACUGCAGGGUGGACUACGAGAAGACGGAGCGCAACAAAAAGGUGAUGCUGUGUAACUACGACCCGUCCAAGACCUGCGCUCAGGAGCAGACGCAGAGCCACGUCACCUGGAUGUGCUCCAAGCCCUUCCAGGUCAUCUGCAUCUACGUCUCUUUCUACAGCACCGACUACAGACUGGUGCAGAAAGUGUGUCCGGACUACAGCUCCCACAACCCAGGAGCCUACCUGCCCACAGGUUAA